AUGAAGGAUUAUGAAGAGACCAUCGCUUUUCUGGGUCAGUGGGGACGUUUCCAGCAGAUUGUCUUCUUCCUGCUCUGUGCCAGCAUAAUGCCCAAUGGAUUUGGUGCUUUCUCUGUUGUCUUCCUGACUGAUGUCCAAAGUCACCACUGCAUUGUUCCUGAGGUUAACCUGACCCAAGAUUGGCGCAAUGCUAUCAUCCCGAUUGAGGUGGUGAAUGGGAAACAGGAGCUGAGCAGAUGCAGCAGGUACAGGCUGGAUGUGGUCAGAAAUCUCUCUGCUCAGGGAUUCAUUCCUGGCAUAGACGUCAACCUCACUGACCUGGAGCAGGAGGGCUGUGUGGACGGGUGGAGCUACAGCAAAGACAUCUACCAGUCUACCUUAGUCUCUGAGUUCGACCUGGUGUGCAGGGAUCAGUGGAAGCAGCCGUUUACUGCCACAGUUUACUUCCUGGGAUUUGUUGUUGGAUCUUUCUUCUCAGGACAGCUCUCAGACAGGUUUGGAAGAAAGCUUGUUUUCUUUGCCACCAUGGCAGUUCAGACAGUUUUUACCUUUGUUCAAAUAUUUUCACCUUCUUGGACGGUGUUCUCCAUUCUCCACUUCAUCAGCGGUUUGGGACAGAUCUCCAACUAUGUAUCUACUUUUGUGCUGGGCACUGAGAUCUUAACUGGCAACGUACGGGUCCUGUUCUCAUCCCUGGGUGUGUGUCUGGGUUUUGCCAUUGGCUACAUGGUUCUGCCUCUCUUUGCUUACUUUUUAAGGGACUGGAAAUCUCUCGUGAUUGCCAUCUCUCUGCCUGGCCUGCUCUACAUCCCUCUCUGGAGGUUCAUCCCAGAGUCGCCUCGGUGGCUGCUCUCUCAGGGAAGAGUGGAGGAGGCUGAGGCCAUCGUGAGAGAGGCUGCUAAGAGGAACAGAGUUGAGGCUCCACUGGUCAUCUUUGAAGAUUACAGAGCACAUGAUGAUAAGACAAAUACAGAACCCAAGGAACUCCCCAAUGUCUUCAACCUGUUGAGGACAAGAAACAUCAGAAACACAACCGUCAUUCUGAGCCUGGUUUGGUUCACUCUGACUACUGGCUACUUUGGUCUUUCCCUGAACACAUCCCGACUUCAUGCUAACCCCUAUAUCAGCUGCUUCAUCUCAGCAGCUGUAGAGGUACCAGCUUACAUUUCCAGCUGGCUGGCACUUCAAUACCUUACACGCCGACUGUCCGUCAUCUGUAUCCUGCUCCUUGGUGGAGUGUCGCUGCUUUUAAUUACACUAGUACCUCAAACUUUAUCAGAACUGUCUGUUGCCCUGGAGAUGCUGGGUAAAUUUGGUAUUACCACCUGUUCAUCACUGAUGUAUGUGUACACAGCAGAGCUUUACCCGACAGUGCUCAGGAACACAGCGACAGGGGUAUGCUCUACUGCUUCCAGAAUAGGCAGCUGCAUUGCUCCUUUUUUGUUACAGCUGAGUCAAUAUUAUAAGUAUCUGCCUUAUAUUACACUGGGGACUCUGGCUGCUGGUUCGGCCUUCGCUGCUCUCUUCCUGCCAGAGACUUUUGGACAACCUCUACCUCAAACUAUUCAACAGAUGCAUAAGAGAGAAAGCAUGAAGUGCCCAUGCAUCACAAGAAAAGAACAUUCAAUACCUGGGGUGCUUUUGGAAAGUCGACUCUGA